AUGAGCGCUAAUGACAACGACACGGGGAGAACCAGCCCCACGGUCAUCGUGGCUCCCACUACUAGUGGCAGAGAUAAAGCCGACCGGUUAGGCAAGAAGUUUGCCGACGCGAAACGGAACAAUCGUUCACGGUUUGCACCUUCAAGAAGUGCGGAAUCGCCAUACAACGUACUCACCUCUCCGACCAAAAAUGAUCCUGUUAAGCUGAGCAGAUUGUAUUCGAUUAUGAACUCCAAACGGAGCACAAGCAACAAAACAAAGCGGCAACGCGAAGAGGCCGCACUACAGCGCUCGGCUGCUGAUCUUUCGCAUGCACAGAUUAGUACGAAUCAGACUGCUAGUGUUGCAAACAACGCGUCGGUUACUCAGUCACAGCCAGCCAUCGCGACUCCCGUGAUCCGCGAUGACAAUUCAGGAGCGGGCGUCGCUGCCAGCGAACAAUUGAGACCGUCGCCCGAUAAAUCGACGGUAUCCGCACCUCAAUCGCAGAGCCCGGAGCUCCAGACAGCAGCCAAUGGAAGUUCCCAGUCUACCCCGACAAAUGGCUCCAGUAAGACCCCGUUGACGCCUGGACAUCGCCACUUGCGCAUCAGUAAACAAGCGUUUGAGAAGAACGUAGCUCAAAUAAACGACUCGAUUUCCGCUUUUCAAGCCGUGGUGAGAACUCCAGCGCGUCCCUCGAGCAAAGACCAGCAGUCAUUGGCACAAAAUACACCGGAGGAGCCUGCAUCGCCUGCUCCGCACACUCCAAAUCGGCAGGCUGGUUCAAGGGACGCGGCCGGUAACCAGACGGGGUCAGAUAAGAAAGUGCUGUUUUCUGGCAACGUCGAUAAGUCACCAAUUGCAUCCUCUCCAAUCAAGGAGCCUUACCAGCCGCGGUCUAUUCUGAAAGUGAGUCCGCCUAAGGGGGGUAUAUCAGUACCUGUUGAAAGUGACAUAACUCAAGAGUGGCCGGCGGGUUUCUUGGUGCAGAAGGAGCCUAACGACCCAACCUCAAUAGAGCUGAUCAGAAAAUGCUACCAGCUUCUGCAGAGGGAAGACAACACCAGAAGAUUUGAAAUUCUCGCUACCCUUCACAACACGCUCAAGAUCAACAGCGUGGAAUUCAAUACUCGCCACUUGAACAAGGCUGACGUGUCGAGUAUCGCCAAGGUAGCCUGUGCCGAGAUUGCAAAGGCGUAUGUAUCGUCUGAUAUGGACUUCGAUGCAGUGGAGUCCAGGACUACCAUAUUAGGGGUGAAGCUGAUCACCACGGUCAUGUCGAUGUUUGAGGUGUCGCAGACCGCAGAGAUAGUCGAGAUGCUGUGCACGUUGGUGUUGAGACAACGCAUAUCCAAAGCAAUGGCUUCUGCAUUUGUUCAGUUCUGCAAAGAGCAGUCCUGUAUUCUUCCUGGCGGUUCGAGUGAAAUGGCUAUCAAUGCGCUGAUCGGCAUGCCUUUUUAUCCGAGCGGAACCCUUGUUCACGAAAAGAUUCUUGCUCUGAAGAAGAUAGGCUCGAAGGCUCCUGCAAGCAUGCUCAAGACGUGCAACAAGUGGUUUCCGUUUAUUUUGGCCAGCAUCAUGAGUGUUGAUCUGGGGUCACAUCACAGAGUUCUCCAAGCUGUGGUUGCACUUUUGAACGAGUGGGCCUCGAACUGCAAUCCUAAAAUACGCGAGGACCUGCUGGCUUUGAUGAGCGAGGACGCCGAGACUUUCGUGAACUCGCACGUCGUCGAAGCGAGUCAAAACUUGCUAGAACCUGGGUCGUCUGUUUGCGAUCUUUUAGUCAAGACGCUCAAUAUUACCCUUAGACGGGGUACAUAUGUUGAAGCAAUGAAAAUAUGGGCCUUGGUCACCUACUCGAUUUCCGCGUUCACCUGGAAUAAAGGGAUCGAAGAUUGGCCGCAUCUGGAAGCCUGGAUCUCGGUGUUCACCGAAUGCUUCAAUCAGGACGGCCUUGCUCCCAAGAUUGCAGCCUUGGAGGCAUGGAAAGGCAUCAUUUUUGCGUACCAGAGCUCCAUGGCGUACCGGACAUCUCUGUCCCCAAAGACAAAGAGCGAAGAGGAGCUGAUCGACGUCAAGUUUCAUGUACUUGCUCACCCAUUUUUUGGUUUAGCGCUAGAGCUCAAUGACACGUUGUUUCUCGAAUACCAGAAACUCUUUGUCAGGAUUUACCAUAGUCUAUACAAGUUCCUCACCAGAAACCCGCAGGAUGAAGGAGCCGUCUUGAAUGGUGCCAUUAAAUGGAUCUGUACGAUACUGGGCCAGUUCUUUCUGGCAGAGUCGAGAAGCGUUGAACAGUUGGAAUUCGGCAUCAAUUUCUUGGAACAGAUGCUUACAUCGAACCCCUCAAAGCCAGAUCCAGCGCAGAUUAAAUUGCAGAAAGACUGUUUUGCUGAUGACAUUUUGACGCAUUCUCUUUCGAUACCACCAAUUAACACGAUCUGGGUGGCUACUUCGCCAGAUCAAGUUGUCCCGGUUCUGAAGAUAUCAUGCAAGAGCAGAAUCUCUGUCGCCAGGAAACUCAAACUUAUCACGCUAUUUGUCGGCGGAUUGAGAACGGGGCUUUCGCCAAGCUCUGCUGCUUUCACGCGGUCACUAGAGCCAGUCCUCGCGAUGUUACUCGAUACAUUUUCGGUAACGGAGCAAGAUUGCGCUGAAAUAGGAGAUAUGAGAGAGCUUGAGAGUAUUCUUUGUGACUUCUUCAAGGCCAUAGACAUCCUUAAUAGUUUGCACCUAUGGGGAGAAGCUAAGUCUAUUUUCGUCGUUGUAUCUCAAUGGCUACAGAAAUUAGACAAUGAGGACGCUCAACAUGGGUCCAACUUGGUAGCGGGCUAUUUGGACAACAUUUUCUCGCUGGAUGUGAACCAAUACGUGCAAGCAUGUAACCAGUUACUGAAUCACUGCCAAGGGUUUGAGAAAUUAGUCACAGAUUCGCUAGUCGCGCAUGUGUGUUCAGCUUAUUUCAACGCUCCACCACCUGUGUGGACGUCUAUUUUUAGAGAGUUGGGUGAGAGCCAAUACAUUGACAUCCUGUCUCGGCUUGUCUUGUACGAGGUGGGCCACAAUAGCACCAUAGACGCUCAGAAGCACGAUAAGUUCUGGCAGGCCACGAAUCUCAAAGCGGUUUCUGACGAACAGCUCUACGUCUUGUACGACGUCUUGCUAUCGUGCCCGGGCACAGAGCUUCUCCGGUACCAAGUGAGCAAUUGUCUUCUCAACGAAAAGCCUAACAUCUAUCCUCCUGUGGUGAAUCGCGUGCUAAAUCGGCUUAUAGAUGAAGGUCAAUGUCCGAGAGAGGAACUCGAGCUAUUUCUCAGAAAAAAAGCUAGCUUAAUUCAUCACAAUGCUGCAGAUAGCAACAUGCUGCUAGGAGAGAUGUUCAGAUUGGUCUCUCAACUGCAAAGUGUGAUAGAAGGGGCUUUAGAAGCCAAAAGCUCGUCGCAAUCCCCAAACGCAAAAAGUGAAGCAGAAAAAACUCACAUCAACGCUACGAAGGAAACACGUACACUUUCUGUCCCGCAGCAACUUGAAUCACAACCUAAUAGACCACAGAAGACUGCGGCGCAAAGAACAGAACCGCAACAGCCCGAGCAAGAGGAAUUCCAGACACAUGAGCUACAAGACUCCUCGGCUGCGAGAACAAGCGCAGAACUCACUACGUUUGUCAUAUGUUCGGAAGAUGAGGCAGAUGAAGAGCCUAACGUUAAGGCAGGCACGACCUCCGAGCAACCAGCUGCUACAUCCUCACCUCAGAAACCAGCCCACGAACCCGUCUCCCAGCGUCUCGUUUCUCUAAGUUCUCAGGUGAGUUCUCCUACCGUUGGAUUAUCUCCGACUGAAGAUACUAUACCGCCGAACUCAACACCGCAGAAAGCUCCAGAAACGAGCAAGAGAGCCCAAAGGCAACCUACGGCGCAAUCUGAUACUGUUUCUUCUGUACCAACGGCGGAGCCUCCGUCGGCUCAAGAUGGUGGAUUCAGCCAUCACCAGCAAGCAGGCGUCCCGCCGGCCCAGACGUCCCACCCAGCAGUCGGGCAUUCCACACCAAGAGAACAAUCACCCGCAGGCCAGUCCGGCGUACCACCUAUUAGAGAACGUGCUGAGAGAAGUUUCCUUGGACAGGACACAAGCCAGUUCUUGCCGGCAUAUCCACCAAUGCCCUACUACGGCUAUCCUUACUACCCCAUGAUGCCACCUGCUACAGGGAUUUCCGAAAACCUUCCACCUAUGCCCCACAUGCCGAUGUAUUAUCCUAUGCCUUAUCCAUGGUCCGCGCCGUUGCCUGGUCCAGAGAAAGCUCUAGAUACGAAAGACCCCGAGAACUGGGUCAAGUUGGAGGAGCUGGUGACAAAGCUUGUGCGCGAGAAUCCUGACGGAGUCGAUGGAUUGGAGGAGACGAAAAAACGCAAACUUGAGGAUGACCUAUUUACACUACUAACGUGUUUGAAGAAGAGACGCCAAUGA